CGAACUAAUAAAAAAUUAAAUAAAAGCAUCAAACAAUCCGCUUCUCCUCCCUCUGCUUAUCAGCUUGUGAUUCAGCGCCACCACGUUCCGCCGACAAUGACAACUUCACCACAAGUGCCCCCCAUCUCAUAAAUGCAUUCAUUCAUCGGAGAAUUGUUGAAAAUCUUACCUCUAACUCGUUGUAUUACCUUCAUGAAGAAGAAAGAAGGAAGGAAUUCUACAUGACUGAUCUACUUCAAUAACCGAACUCCCAUCAUUCAAUGUGAAAGAAAUUUUGCAUGGCCUAUUUGUCACAAGCAUAUCAUGUUUUACCAUCCCUUUAACCAACCAUGUACCUAAGUAGAAAAGGAGGAUGAAAGUAAAUGAUGAGGCCCCAAUAUAUAAAACAUGGGCCUUUUGGGGAGGUCAAAAAUGCAUAUUAUUUGGCCUAAAGGAUGGACAAGAAGCUGAAAAAUAAAGGUAAGGUUUGCGUCACUGGGGCCUCAGGGUUCGUAGCGUCUUGGCUCGUCAAGCGUCUUCUUUCUUCUGGCUAUUUUGUCGUUGGAACAGUAAGGGACCCAGGAGAUGCCAAAAAAUUGGAGCAUUUGUGGGGGCUUGAAGGGGCGAAAGAGAGGCUGAAAUUAUUUAAGGCCGAUUUGAUGGAAGAAGGAAGCUUUGAUGAAGCAAUCAUGGGCUGUGAGGGUGUUUUUCACACAGCUUCCCCUGUAGUAGGAAUUUCGUCAAAUCCAAAGAUCGAGAUAUUGGAACCCGCAGUAAAAGGAACUUUGAAUGUGCUGGAGUCAUGCAAGAAGAAUCCAUCACUAAGACGUGUGGUUUUAACCUCAUCUUCUUCGACUGUUAGAAUAAGAAUGGAUAUUGACCCGAAUGUCCCUCUUGAUGAAUCAGUUUGGAGCUCCACAGAAGUUUGUGAACAUUUCCAGGUAUGGUAUGCACUGUCCAAAAUUCAGGCAGAGAAAGUAGCGUGGGAGUUCUGCAAGGAGAACAAUAUUGAUUUAGUGACUGUACUUCCUGCUUUCGUAAUUGGACCAAGUCUCCCUCCUAACCUUUGCUCUACAGCCUCUGAUGUGCUUGGCUUGUUUAAAGGUGAAACAAGAAAAUUCGAGUUUCACGGAAGAAUGGGGUAUAUUCACAUUGAUGACAUAGCUCUAUGCCACAUUUUGGUUUAUGAACACAAAGAAGCUCAUGGUCGUUAUCUAUGUAGCUCUACUGUGAUGGAACAUUAUGAACUAGCAUCCUUUUUGGCAUCUCGAUAUCCUUCUUAUCCUAUUCCAAGAAGUUUUACAAAGCUGGACAGACCAUCCUACACCUACAACACUUCCAAGAUUGAGAGUUUAGGAUUCAAGUUCAAGACGAUGGAAGAGAUGUUUGAUGAUUGUUUGAACUCACUUAUAAUGCAGGGCCACCUCUAAUCGCCUCGGAUAUUUGUUGUGACUUUUAUAUUUCCCUUUGUUUUCUUUGGUAAAAUAUAUACUGUGGACUGUAGAAUUGAGAUCAUAGUACUUGAAUAAUGUUCUGGUUCAUGGUAUCCAAGAAUUAGUAUGAACUUUUGCCACAUUAAACCAAGUUAUAACCCACACUA